UGUCCCAAUGUAAUAUCAGCUUGAAGAAGCAGAGGAGUCGAAGUAUCUUUAGCACCUUAUUCUGCUGCUUUCGUGACUACAAUGUCGAGCCACCAUCUACCAACAGCACCAGUGCUCUUCCUCCUUUGGUGGAGGAGAAUGGAGGACUUCAGAAGGGUGACCAGAUGCAGGUCAUGCCUAUACCAAGUGGAAUAUACUAUUUCCACGGGACUGAAGCAGUGCAGCAGUCGUUUCACUACAAGCCACCAGCUAAAUACCUCCUGCCAGAACUGACAGCAUCAGACUAUGGGAAGAAGUGUGUGGUCAUUGAUUUAGAUGAAACUUUAGUGCACAGUUCAUUUAAGCCAAUUAGCAAUGCUGAUUUCAUCGUUCCUGUUGAAAUCGAUGGAACCAUACAUCAGGUUUAUGUAUUGAAACGACCACAUGUGGAUGAGUUUCUUCAGAGGAUGGGCGAGCUCUUUGAAUGUGUACUCUUCACAGCCAGUCUGGCCAAGUAUGCAGACCCAGUAGCCGACUUACUGGAUCGCUGGGGUGUGUUCAGGGCAAGGCUCUUUAGAGAAUCCUGUGUUUUCCACCGAGGAAAUUAUGUGAAGGAUCUGAGUCGGCUGGGACGUGAGCUGAGUAAAGUUAUUAUAGUAGAUAAUUCUCCUGCAUCGUACAUCUUCCAUCCUGAAAAUGCAGUGCCUGUGCAGUCCUGGUUUGAUGACAUGACAGACACAGAGCUGCUAGAUCUUAUUCCUUUCUUUGAAGGACUAAGCAAAGAAGAAGAAGUUUACAGUAUGCUUCAUAAACUCUGCAACAGGUAGCCCUUAACUUUGACUGACUUCUGCUCCUAGAUUGCAGUUGCUAGAGGCUGUCUCCAUCUUUUCCAACUCUUUCAAAUGUAAGCUUUGGGGAGGUCACCCCUGUCAGAAGUGCUACUCUUGAUCUUCCUGUUACAUUGGACACGAAGGACAAUCAUGAGUGAUGCUCUAAAGCCUUCAGAAGCCUGACUCCUAAGGUCAUGUGUUCAGACUACUUUUUUUAA